AUGGCUGAUGUUCGCGCUCUCCUCGCCGCCGAGCGGCAAUCCCGACGUAUCUCUCACCCUCACUUGUCCUACACUAAAUCUGGAAUGCUUAUAUGCACUGUCUGCAACCUCAACGUUAAAUCCGAAGCGCUCUGGGACGGACACCUCAAGAGCUCAAACCACAAGAGAAAUGCGCAAGCUACGCAAGAGAAUACCAGCAAGGGAGUCAAGCGGAAGAUUGAGGAUGUGGAUGAAUCCCAGGAAGAGCGCUAUGAGGUAGACACAGAUGUACGGAAGAAGCCAAAGUCACGCCCAGAGAGCGUGGCUGUGGAAGCUCAAGAUGAAAAAUAUCUCCGGGGAACUACCGAUCAGGAAGAACAACGAAAAGCAUUAUCAAAGCAGUCGGGUCAAGAAGAACAAAACCAUACGUCUGCAAAGGCAGUUACGACCGUGGAUGAAGAUGAAUGGGCUGCCUUUGAGCGCGAAAUUGCACCCUUAGCAGCGGCGCCACCCGACUACUCAUCGGUCACAAUAAUUGCGGCGCCAGUCACAGCCACACAGAUGGAAGAACAGCCCGACGUGGAGAAACGACGAAGACUAGAAACGGAAGUGGAGGACGAGAAGGAAGAAGAAGAGAGAAGAUUGGAGGAAGAAUUUGAGGUCAUGGAGGAAAUGGAGGAGCGUGUCCGAAAGCUUCGAGAGAAGAGGGAUGCCCUGAGAAAUACAGUAAAAGUUGGCAAUAAUACUGGGCAAGCCCAAUCCUUGAAAGAGGCGGACAGCACGGAGCGGGAGCCGGUUCAAGAGGCUCGGGAUCAAGAGGGCGAAGAUGACGAAGACGAAGACGACUGGUAUUCGUGA